GAAAUGGCUGGUCAGUCGGCUCGAGCAGAUCGCCGGACUAGCGAAGACCUGGCUAAGCAGGAGAAUGCUGGUACAUCAGGCAUGGAAUGAAUGCAUUUAAAUACUACGUAUGGGGGCGAGUAAUCCAAUCGCUUACCGAAUACGGACUUCUGGCCAUAAUACCUCUAUCGUCACCGCCUUUGCAUAUGAACACAUGGAGAUAACCACAGCAUAGCGCUGGACGACGGCGACAACAACGCCUCUCUUCAUUAUGGCGACUCCUACUCUCACCUCUCAUAUAUCGCCUCUCCAUCUAACUCCCGAACCACUAACCCCGGACUCUUUUGCGCCUUUCGGUACCGCAAUUGUCCCUCCGCUUCCCCACGAUCUCAUCGCUAAACCUUCGCUUUCCUCUCUCCAGCAACAACAUGGGGCUCCUACACCCGUGUUAGCAAAUCAAUCCACUGCUAUCAAGUACAACCCCAUCUCUCCAUUGCAGAAUGACUAUCCGGGAUCCCCCAGCGGGCAGCCUUCAUCCGCACAGAUGAGUAUGUUUUGCUGCUUUCCGCGGGAAUUACGACUUGCCUCGACUACUAUGGCUCUCUUCGAUGUUAGAAUCCUAGAGAGACACCCGUACACCACGCAGACAUUCACGCCCCUCAAUUCCGCCAGCGAAGACCAACAGAUCGCCAAUGAACCGCUUUACCUCGUCAUCGUCGCUCCAACUCUCAAAGGUCAAACCAUUGCCGCUGCCGUUAAAAACCCCACGACUAGGAUCGCAGAGUCAGUCACUAUAAUCGAUCCCCCGGAUCUCAGCAAAGUCAAGGCGUUCGUCGCCCGUCGUGGGCAGGCGGUGACGUAUGGAGCUGGAACGUGGCAUGCACCGAUGGUGGUGCUGGGGAAGAGACGGGUGGAUUUUGUGGUUGUGCAGUUUGCGAAUGGGGUCGCGGCGGAGGAUUGUCAGGAGGUGGCUUUUGGGGAGGGUAUUGAGGUGGAAGUGGAGGUGGACAGCAAUGAGGGUAAUAGAUUGGAGAAGCUAUAGGAGAUUCGUUAUAGGUAGGCGUAUACUCUUAUGU